AUGCAGCACGCUGUCGCCCAUCUCAUCGGGCGGAGCGCCGAUAGAGCUUCCCUUUCAGUGCAGAAACGGGCAGGUCUCUCUACAACUCGUCUCUCCGAAGCGCCGUUAGGAGCUUUCAUCGUGCUGGUUUUGUCCCUCGCUCUCUUGUUUCUGGCCUUUGCAAUAUGGGUAGUGGACUAUACAUAUGGCCAGGUCGUGGCUACUCUGGCGGCGGUGGAGAAUUCCAAUCCGGACAUCUACAUUUGCAUUGACGAUCACUCCAGCGAUCAGGAUCCAACCAAGCCAUCUGUUCCAAGUGGAAUCGAGGAUGCGACUCUCUCGCACCCCUCUCAGCCGGUCACGACAGGGUUCCGGAGUACCAUCAAACACCUUCGCGCCCAGGCGGGCUUUUGGUCUCGCCUACGUGGAUUGUCUGCAUAUCUUUGCUUCGUGGUCCCGCAAGUUUAUGUUAUGAUCCUGUUGUCAUCGUCCAAGGGCACGACACUCCUGGUCGUGACUUGUCUAAACGUUCUCCUUGCCCCUUUGCAUCUGGCCUGGGUGCAUAUCGUCAUCUCUCAGCCCUCGCCUCGGCGCUUCUACCAGCGCAUCCCCCAUAUUCGCACCUGUGCCAACAUUGCUCCAGCGAUUGCGCUGAGAGAUGGAUUGAGUACCGCGGUGUAUUUCGCUACGGCGGCAUUGACGCAUAACCUGCGUUGGAAGGCUUUGGAUGACCUGAGUCCCAGUAUCCUUAGCCUGGGAUUGCCUGCAUUGAUGUCUGCGGUGGUUCGCGUCCCGACUCAUGCGAUCUUUGUCCGGGUUGCUGCAUCGAUGCUGCCCGAGGAGGACGAGACUAUCGUGCCCUUUGAUCGUUCCUUUGGUGGAAAAAUCCAGCCCCGGGUCAUGGGUGAAGGCAGUCAUCUUGGCCUGCUAGAUGCGUGGCAAACUUUUGACCGGCCUGCACGACUUCGAUAUGGCUGGGUGAUCAUCAAGACCUUUUUCAUUGAGGUGUUCUUGGGCGUCUUCCUGCUGAUCACGUGGUACCCGUUCAUGCUGCUGGCGCUGUUGUAA